UAUUGUGUAAUUGAGGUUCGAUUCGAAUUAUUUCAAAUAAUUUUCGAGAUAACGAAUAUUGUUGUUCACAAUAUGAACGUGAAAAAUUUUCUCACAUUCAGUUUUGUUUUCAUGAUUAUUUUCUUGGUCACUGAUGGUUUUCAUCAUAGACAUUUUCACACAUUGUCUUCCACAAACUGCCCAGACGAAACAAAACCUCUUGUGGUGACCAUCAAGAGCUUCCACACAAAAAUUUUCAAUUUUGGGCAAAAAGUAAUCACCGAAAUUGUUUAUGAAGUUGAAGAACCACUUAAUGAUUUGAAGAUGACGGCACAAAUUUCAAGAUGUAACUAUACGAAAAGUUCAAUUUGCGAGUUAUAUCUAGAAAAGGCUACAAUUACUGAUAUCUGCGAAAUAAUUGAAAUGGAAGAUACAGCAUGGACAGCGUAUCUGCAAACUUUUAAUCCGCCGAUAUCAAAAUGCCCCAUCGAACCGGGCAAUUUUACUUCAAGAUAUGCUUCAGAAAAGACUGAUAUGAUAGAUUUAUCUGCGUGGUUUUCCGAUGGAUUGUGGCAAAUUCAGAAUAUAUUAUAUAGUGGAGACCAAAAAGUUGGCUGCUUCAUUACUGAGAUUGAAAUCUAUACACCAGAACAAGAACAUUGACUGAACAUAUCAUCACCUCUUCCUGAAUUCAACUAGCAAUAAAUCCA